AUGUUGGUUCCACCGGAGAUGAUUGCAGUGCAAUCGAAGACCAUUUUCCAAAUCAAUAAGUACUACGCCGAGAAGGUCCAGAUGCGGAUGGGCAACAUUGCCCGGGUGAUUCGGGAAAUUUGCAAAAUCGUGCAGGAGGUUCUGCGGGAGGUUGAAGUACAGGAACCGCGGUUCAUUUCCAGUCUGGUGGAGUGCAAUGGCAGAUUCGAAGGACUCGAAGUCAUCUCACCGUCCUUCUUCGAGGUGGUUCUAUACCUCAACCAGAUGGGAGUGUUCAAUUUCGUGGACGAUGGAUCCCUGCCGGGGGCUGCCGUCCUAAAGCUGAGUGACGGCCGCAAACGGUCCAUGUCACUUUGGGUGGAAUUCAUCACCGCAUCCGGGUACCUUUCGGCACGUAAGAUCCGCUCCCGAUUUCACACUCUAGUCGCGCAAGCUGUCGAGAAGUGCCCCUACCGGGACAUGGUAAAGCUAGUUCCGGAUACCACCGAAGUGAAGCUAAAGAUCCGCGAACGCUACAUCGUACAGAUUACGCCGGCCUUCAAGUGCACCGGCAUUUGGCCCCGAUCGGCAGCGCACUGGCCGAUUCCGCACAUCCCGUGGCCCCAUCCGGCGCUGGUAGCGGAAGUGAAAUCCGAAGGCUUCGACCUGCUGUCCAAAGAAAGCGUUAUCCUGCAGGGCAAGAAUGCCAACAUCGAGGGCGAUGCCUGGAUAUUGCAUUUUACCGAAGCGGAAAACCGGCUGCUGCAGGGAGGCUACCGAAAGCGCUGCUUGAGCAUUCUGAAGACGCUGUGCGAUCGGCAUCUGGACCUGCCGGGUGCACCGAUUUCCUACUACCACCUGAAAACGUUGCUCCUGUACGAGUGCGAAAAGCACCCCCGGGAAGCCGAAUGGGACGCAAACUGCAUCGGCGAUCGGCUGAAUGGGAUCUUUCUGCAGUUGAUUUCCUGCCUGCAGAAUCGGCGCUGUCCGCACUAUUUUCUGCCGAGUUUGGAUCUGUUCAAGGGAAAGUCGCCGACGGCGCUCGAUAAUGCUUCGAAGCAUGUUUGGAAACUCUGUCGGGAUAUACUGACCAGCAGCAAGGCGUUCGAUCGGUUGUAA